AGAGAGAGAGAGAGAGAGAGAGAGAGAGAGAGAGAGAGAGAUGGGAGGGGAAGAUGAGAGAGAAGGGGUGAUGGCGACGGACUUCUUCUGGUCAUACACUGACGAGCCUCACGCUUCCAGGCGGCGUCAGAUCCUCUCUCAGUACCCGCAAGUCAAACACCUCUUCGGCCCCGAUCCCUGGGCUUUUCUCAAGAUUACUGUGGUCGUUCUGCUUCAACUGUGGACUGCUACUUUCCUUCACAAUGCAGGCUGGCUAAAGAUAUUGACUACAGCCUAUUUCUUUGGCUCUUUUCUCAACCACAACCUCUUCUUAGCUAUUCACGAGCUGAGCCACAACCUCGCCUUCUCUACUCCGCUCUACAACCGAUGCCUGGGCAUUUUCGCCAACCUCCCCAUCGGCGUACCAAUGUCAGUCACCUUCCAAAAAUACCACCUCGAGCACCAUCGCUUCCAAGGAGUCGAUGGAAUCGACAUGGAUAUCCCUACCCUCACUGAAGCCCACCUCGUGACUAAUAUCCUCGCAAAAUCCAUGUGGGUCGUCUUGCAACUUUUCUUCUACGCCCUCCGGCCUCUUUUUAAAAAACCGAAACCCCCAGGCAUGUGGGAGAUGAUCAACUUGAUCGUCCAAUCGGCACUCGACGCUCUUGUAAUUUAUUUUUCGGGAUGGAAAUCUUUAGCUUACUUGAUCCUUUCCACGUUUGUGGGAGGCGGGAUGCACCCGAUGGCGGGUCAUUUCAUUUCGGAGCAUUACGUGUUUAACAAGGAGCAAGAAACAUACUCCUACUACGGCCCCUUGAAUCUCAUGACAUGGAGCGUAGGCUACCACAACGAACAUCACGAUUUCCCGAGAAUCGCGGGUAGCAAGCUUCACAAGUUGAAGGCGAUUGCUCCCGAGUAUUACGAGGGCCUGGACUCGUACAAGUCUUGGAGCCAGGUGAUAUACAUGUACAUUGCUGAUCGGACGGUUGGACCCUUCAGCCGGAUGAAGAGAAAGUUGUCGACAAAGACUGCUAAGAAAACUGAAUAGGUGCUCGAUCGCUUUAUUAUUUCGUUUUCGAUCGUUCCCCUCAUUUCAAGAAUCCUUGUGAUAUACCAUAUUUUUGUCUCCCAACUUACGUUGAUUUUACCUUAAAGAUCCGUUUGAUAAGCGAGAUAAUUGUAUAAAAUACAAGAAAGAGAAAAAAAUAUACUUUUUUUUUUUUUGUAUUCACUUAGCAAGAAUAUCAUAGAAAGUGUUAGAAAUGAACUUUCCUGUAUCCCCCCUCUAACGAAUGAGAGUUUGUUUUAUUUUUUCUCACAAAAUGUGUAGAGAAAUUUUAUUUUCUCAAAAAAAUCAACAACAAUUACUUUAACUUCCUUCUUUAACCUCUUCCCUUCACAUUUUAUCUUCUAAUUUCGGCAAUUUUAUUUCUUCCAAACAAAGAUAUCUUAUUUUUUUGCAAAACUUUCAUUCUAAUUAAAUGGAUGUAAAAAAUAAUUUUUCUUUUUCUUUUCUUUGACUUCACUUUCUAUCAUUUUCACUUUCUAUUUUAUUUUUCUCGUUAAUCAAACGGAUCCUAAAGGAUUCAAGGAUAUAGGCUACAGUUGCAGAUUGAGAGGUGAGGGGCUCAUUAAUUAUUUGACUGUUUAUUUCAGAAAGUUUUUUCAUGUCGAUUUAUAUUGCUGAGACAUUGGGAUAGCUUUAUGUUCUUUUAGAGCAUAUACACAGGCUUCUU